AUAAGAGAUACAGAUCUACGUAUCUCCAAUCUUUAAUUCUCCUUACACCCCAUCUAUAAAACCCAAAAUUUUACUAUACCCUUUCUUUCUAAACCCUAAGCUACUUCUUUAUCUUCUGGCCUUUCGUAUUUUGGGGAUCGUCCACUGCGGCAAUGGCUAAUUCGUACCCGGGGGCUGUUAAGGUGGGUGCUUCUUUUGCUAGUCAGUACUAUCAUGUUCUUAAACAAAAACCUGAUUUGGUUUAUCAGUUUUACGAUGGGUCAAGUUCUGUUAUUCGGGUUGAUGGAGAAUCAGUUGAGAAGGCUUCCGAAAUCAUGCAUAUUCAUGAACUUAUCACAUCACUGAACUUUACGGGAAUUGAGAUCAAGACCAUAAAUUCUCUUGAUUCUUUGAGCGGAGGUGUAUUAGUAGUCGUUUCUGGCUCUGUGAAAGCCAAGGAGUUCGCUGGCCGAAGGAACUUUGUGCAGACUUUUCUCCUUGCUCCUCAAGAGAAAGGUUUCUUUGUAUUGAAUGAUGUCUUUCAUCUUGGUGAGGAGGUCGUACAACAGCCUUUGGCACCCAUGUCACAGGAGAAUGUAGUUGACUACCAGCAUUCAGCACCCACAUAUUCAGAGAACAGAGUGGACUACCAGCAUUCAGCACCCUUAUAUUCGGAGAACAAUGUUGAUUACCAACACUCAACACCUGCAUAUCCAGAGCACAUAGUUGAUUACCAGCAUCAUCCAGGACAGACAAUGCAUGAUGACAGAGACUAUCAGCAUGCAGCACCUGUAUAUUACGACAAUGGAGUUGAUUCCCAGCUGACUAAUCAUAGUGCACUUUUGGAGUCACAAGAUAUUUCUAACUACGAGGUGGAGGCUAGUGAACAUUUUAAUUCAGUUCAUAUUGAAGGAGGCGGCCCCGUAGAUGAAUACAAUCAUUAUGAUCAACAACCAGAGGAGCCAGUCGUGGAAUAUGAAUAUGUUAAAGCAGCUCCUGAAGAAGAUUUUUUGUCUGCUUCCCAGUAUGUGGUGAAUCAGCAACAAGAGUCUUCACCGGUUGUUGCUGAGGAACCCAUUGUCGAGCCAAGGAAAUUUACUUAUGCUUCAAUAUUACAAGCUUCGACGGGAAAACCUGCUCCAUCAAUUACUGUAAAUGCGUAUCCAAAAAAAACGCCAGCUCCUGUUACUGAGUGGGACUCGCCACCGCAAUCUGAUAGUCAACAAUCAAACUUUGUAUCGUCUUAUUUGCCUGAUUCUAGUGCAGAAGUAGCUGAAGAUGCAUUCUCUCAAGAAGGGGAAUCUAAAUCAGUAUAUGUAAAGAAUUUGCCGCCAACUGUCACUACUUUUGAUAUCCAACAAGAAUUUGAGAACUUCGGGAGGAUCAAGCCUGAUGGUGUUUUUAUAAAGAAUCGCAAGGAAGUUGGUGUCUGCUUUGCCUUUGUCGAAUUUGAAGAUGUCGAAAGUGUUCAAAAUGCAGUCAAGGCAUCUCCAUUACAGCUGGUCGGAAGACAAAUUUACAUCGAGGAGAGGAGACCAAGCAGCAAUAGCAGCAGCACCAUGUCACGUGGAGGGAGAAGAGGAAGGGGUCGAGGAAGUUAUCAAAAUGAUGUACGUGGGCGUUUUGGUGGACGAUCGUACGGUAGAGGCAACAGUGGCCGUGGUUCUUAUUGACAUGAAUAGCCUGGAAAACUGGCAACUGUCACUACUGUUGCAAGAAGACAUGGUUGUUCAAGAAAGGCCCUAUAUUUCCACCCUGGUUUUGGCAGAAAAGUGAUUCAGUUCGGUUGUUUUGAAAUCUAAACAGUUACCCUCGUGUUUUAAGGAAACAAUUGUUGAAUUUGAGUGUUUUUACUAGGAAUAUUGCAAGACAGUUUCUAUUUCAUUUUCUUAAUGUGCAGUUGUGGUUUUUAA